AUGACUGGCAAGGAUGGCUUGUCGUCAUCCGUGGUGGAAACCAUAGCAGGAUUUACGGCAGGCAUAGCAACGACCCUUUGUCUACAUCCGCUAGAUCUGAUCAAGACUCGACUGCAAGCGUUUAUCGCAGUCGACCGGACUUCAUCCAACCGAGUUGGUGGUUCUCUUCGAGUUGUCCGCCAAAUCUUUCAUAGAGAGUGUGGGCUCGCCGCCUUCUAUCGCGGGCUGACGCCGAACAUCAUCGGAAACUCCUCUAGCUGGGCGCUAUACUUUUUAUUCUAUGGCAAUGUCAAGGACAUACUAGGAACUUGGCGCCUGCGCUGCAAUUCAGAUGGCGAGCAGCAGCGUCGGGAGCUGCUCACUUCAUUCGAUUAUUUCAUCGCAUCGGGGUCUGCAGGGAUAAUAACGUCCGUCCUGACAAACCCAGUGUGGGUCAUCAAAACUCGCAUGCUUGCCACGGGGUCCAAGUCGCCCGGCGCAUACACCUCCUUUACAACAGGCGCAAUGCAGAUUUUGCGCUCAGAGGGCAUCCCAGGCUUUUACCGUGGACUGGUCCCGUCGCUUUUCGGCGUCAGUCACGGCGCGCUGCAGUUCAUGGCUUAUGAGAAGCUGAAACUGCACCGAACGAACGCGAAUACCAGGAACGGAUAUACACGAGAACUCACUAAUAUGGAUUUCUUCAUCAUCUCGAGCAUCUCCAAGGUCUUUGCGGGUUCAAUUACGUACCCGUACCAGGUCCUUAGAUCCCGACUUCAGAUGUAUGAUGCCCAUCUUGCAUAUCGGGGGCUUCGAGAUGCGAUUGUGCAGAUCUGGGCUACAGAGGGUUUGGCUGGGUUUUAUAAGGGUCUUGGCCCAAAUUUGUUUCGUGUUUUGCCGAGCACCUGGGUCACUUUCUUGGUGUAUGAGAAUACCAGGGCAUAUAUACCGAAAGUGAUGUUGAACGGUUCAUGA